AGGUCCUCCAGAGCGCCGGGGAAGGAGACGAGGCCCAGGCCGCCAAGGAGGCCGCCGCGCACCUCGACGAGGCGGAGGCCGCGCUCGAGAGGGUGCGCGGCGACGCCGCUGACGCCCAGCGGCCGCCCCGCGCCAUCUCGGGGGGCAGCAGCUUCCUGGCUCGCUCCAGCCUCCUGGACGGCGAGGGCGGCGCGGAGGGGCCGCCCGGUGAGAGCGGCGACCCGGCAGCAGGAUCCGCAGGGCCGGCGGCGGCGUCCGCGUCGGCGGGCAUCGGCCUGAACGGCAGCGUCGCCGGGUGGUUCGGCCCAGACCCGCAGGACGACCUGGAGCAGGUCGCGCAGUGGGCGAGCUGGCUCUCCGGCGGGGGCGCCCGCGGCGCCGCCGCCGCGGCGACGGUCCGCGAGAGCCCGGGCGACGCGGCGCAGACGCUGCGCUUCCUGGCGGAGACCGGGACGCCAGGCGGGCCGCGGACGGCGUCGACCGAGACCAGCAGGCGCUGCUCCACCUCGUGGAGACUCGAUGCAGCUCGAGCGGCGCGGCCGGAGCGAGGUGCAGUCGACGCGGAGCGUGGUGAGGCAGCUCGCUGACGACUUCCGGAGGCUGCGGGAGCUGGAGGGU